UGCUGAACUCUCCCCUGAUAAGACCAUGAUCAAUAUUCGAAACAGCCAGCACCAAUGCGAUGAGGACACCAUGUUUCGCUUUAGCAAUGAUUUCCCAAAGCAGGGAAAUAGGACUGACACAUCUGAUUUCCUUGACUCUGUUUUACUGAACGAGCCCAGACAAACUCACCAUGCCCCCUGCGGUCAAGGCUAACCUGGGAUACACCCCACCAGAUGGAGGCUGGGGCUGGGCCGUGGUCUUUGGUGCUUUUAUCUCCAUUGGAUUCUCUUAUGCCUUCCCCAAGUCUCUCACCAUCUACUUCAAGGAGAUUCAAAAGUACUUCACUGUUUCUUACAGUGAAAUUGCAUGGGUGUCCUCGAUCAUGCUGGCGGCUAUGUACGCAGGAGGUCCAGUGAGCAGUAUACUGGUCAACCGCUAUGGUAGUAGACCUGUGGUCAUCAUGGGCGGACUGAUGGUUGGGGUCUCUAUGGUUGCUGCUUCCUUUGGCACAACCAUUAUGCAUCUGUAUUUAUUAGUCGGAGUCAUCGGAGGUUUUGGCCUCUCUUUCAAUCUACAGCCUUCUCUUACAAUCAUAGGAAAGUACUUCCAGGUAAAAAGGCCAAUGGCAAAUGGCCUGGCCAUGGCAGGAAGUCCAGUAUUUCUCUUCACUCUGGCUCCGCUUAACCAGUUCCUGUUUGAUAAUUUUGGAUGGAGGGGAGCCUUCAUGAUUCUGGGUGCCAUAGUGAUGAACUGUUGUGUAGCUGGAGCUCUAAUGAGACCUGUUAAAAUGAAAACAGUCCAAAAAGAUCCUGAUGCAGCCACCAAUGGAACAACCACUGAGAAGGCUGGGGCCACUGAAGGCAUUGCCAACCUUGAGGCAGGGGGCCUUCUAAGUGACACGGAGCCAAAGCAGAAGAAGGGAGGCUGCGCAGACAAAUGUUUAGAUCUUUCUCUCUUUAAACACAGAGGUUUUAUCAUCUACCUCAUAGGAAAUGUGGUCAUGUUUUUUGGCUUCUUUGCUCCAGUGGUCUUCCUGGCUCCGUAUGCAAAAGGUAUAGGGAUUGAUAACUACCAGGCCGCCUUCCUGCUUUCAAUCUUUGCCUUGGUGGACAUGUUCGCCAGGCCAGGAACAGGUCUCAUCGCCAAUACCAAGUGGAUCAGGCCCAGGAUCCAGUACUUCUUCAGUAUCUCUGUGGCGUACAAUGGUGUGUGUCACCUCCUCUGCCCUUUCCUAGCAGUCCACUUGGGGUACGCAGGCCUGGUGAUUUAUGCGGUUUUCUUUGGUUUGGCAUUUGGUAUGGUGUGUGCUCUGCUGUUUGAGGUUCUGAUGGAUCUGGUGGGAGCAGAGCGGUUCUCCAGUGCUGUAGGCCUGGUCACCAUCAUAGAGUGCGGCCCUGUGCUUCUGGGUCCCCCAGUAGCAGGGUUUUUGGUGGAUGUCUUCGACGACUACAAAUACAUGUACUGGGCCUGUGGUAUCAUGAUGCUGUCACCCGGCAUUUUUCUCUUCAUCAUGAACUACUUCAACUACAAACGACUGGACCAAGAGGAGCGCCAGAGACAGAGUGGAACAACUGGACUGGGCUCUGUUACCCGGUCCAUUAUGGAGGAGAGAGGGGCAGGGGAGGAGAGGACAAUCAGCAAGGAUCUGGAAAUGUUUGAUGAAGAAGGGCAAUGACACGUUUAAUUGUCAGAGAUGGGUUAAUGUCGAUGUGUAUAUUUCAGACCUGGGUUCAAAUACUAUUUCACAUAUUUAUAUUACUUUCACAUACAUUUGAAAUUCCUAUAUUUAAAAAAAAUAAUAUUAGAAAGCAUUUGGAAAUAUAUGUGGAACAUUUUGACAUUUAGUUAAAGAUACUCCAAUACACUGGCUCAAAUACACUCCCUCCAAUGCAUUUAACCCAGGUAUUUUACAAAUUAACUUCUAAUAAUAGAUUAUUUUGAAGUUGUUGGUUUAGGACACAUUAUUGGAAAAUACUCAAUACUAAAAUAACUAGGAUACACAUGUAUUUCGAUCUAGGUCUGGUAUAUUUUGACAUUUUGUAUUUCUUGUCUGAUAAUAUUUGUGAAUAUAACAUUGCCCAUAUUUUAUUGCAAAGAAGCUAUAAUGUCUUAACCUAAAUGCAAAGCAUUUGAAAUACAAAAAGAUUCUUGAAAAUAUAUGUUUACAUGAAAUUACAACUUUUACCCAUAUCUUCAUGCCCACUAGAUGGCAAUGAAGACAUCCUACAAGCAAGGUUCUCAGAGCAUGCAAGGGUUCACAACACUUAUUGAAGAUUGUAGCCCUGGCAUUUCAUUGGUUAAUAAAUAGAUAUUACUGAUUGUCUCUUA